AUGCAGUCUCCCACGGCCGUCAGCCUGCAGGACCUGAGAAGCACAUGCAGCCGUGCUGAGUUAUACGGCUGCCCAGCUACCAAGGCAUACCGGAGAACUUACACCCUCCGCCUCUUUUUCGGAUGGGUAAUCACCGUGGCUCUCAGCGGUGCGAUUUAUUAUACGCUCCACAUAUACUCUGAGGUCGUACCGAUCAUGGGGAAACAGACGAAAAAAGAAUUCAAUACUCUGAUCACCGCCUUUUCCAUCCUUCUCAGUUUAUCUGUCAGCGCAUUUGUCGACAGGACAAUACGAGAUGCACGCUGGUGGUUCCUCAGCCUCCGCUUCAGGCCCAGGCGCACCGUCGAGCUCAUCUUGCAGGCAAAUGGGAUUGUUUCCGUUCUCAUACUUGCCAUCAGGUCAAAAAGAUCCACAAUAUACACUGCCGCGCUAUUGUGGUUCCUCUUAGCAGUCGCAUCUCAAAUCGGCCUCGCUACCCUCGGACUAUGUUACUCAGUCGAAGAUGCCAGCAAGUUGGCCUUGGUGGUGACUCCCGGGAAAGUACUCGUGCCAGACCUGAGCGCGAUUCGGACCUUUAGCACUGUCGUGGCAGGCAACGAUUAUUCAAGUUCGGGCGCCCAAGAAUACACCGCAAACAGUUACGGCUCCAUGUCCCUCACGUAUGCGGACGAUCUCCCCGAGUCCGCUCCUUCACGCGGUGACCUACGAUUGGCAUCAGACCCUCGGAUAUUCUGCGAUGCGCAACAGUGUCAAUACGUCUUUCGAGAAAAAAAUACUCCGCCCACAGACUUGCCCAACGACGCCGACUUUCAACCAAUUGUCGUCGCCACAGACCGCAGGAUCGACAGCAGCGGUACAUGCAUCCGCCACCAAGUCAUAGCUGGAGGUGACGGCGGAAGCACAAAUGUAACCAUUGAUGUCGGAGGUGGUGAAAAUCGGACAAUCGAGAUUCCUUUUGCGGGAGGCACGAACCAGACAACCUACAUGACCAACACGUCCCUGGACUGCGGCGCUGGCUGUGGUGUCGUGACAGCCUUUGAAUCCUCCCCGGCCACGUCGUGGUACUACGAUUGCAAUGUGACAGUCGGGGCCGCAACCAACGCCACGCAGCCAGCACACCAGGUCUCAAACCACGUCCGGCUCCUCGCGGCGCAGGGCAUCGCACUUCAGGGCUAUGCCGUCCUAUCCUUCGUCGACGACUCGCGAUCACAGUAUCAAAGCUACCCCGCGGAGACUGCCUUUGGGCUCGCGGCCGGGGGCGACGCAGACGCGAUGGCCAUGAGGAUGGCGCGGUUUGCAAUAGGCGUCAUUUGCGCAGCUGCUGAUUCCAACAACGAGAUGAUCAUCCAGGGGUAUCCGCCCGUCAGAGGGUCGCGGGUCAAAGUCGACCACUGGGACUACGCAUCGUUGAUCCUACUGUCGGCUGUUGUCGCGCAGCUCGUUCUGAGCAUCGUCCUGGCCUGCAUGUCUUAUAAGGUCAUUAUCCCGCCCGAGGGGCUCGUUGGAAUGGCUCAGCUACUCAAAUCAAUGGCGCGAGAGACUCACGUUGCACAACGCGGGGAGGUGGGAGACAAACCUCUGAGGGAAGACUCGACCUGCCGUUUCUCCUCCAAAGGCUACUGCCCUGAUUGCAAGUGGAUCUACAGGCACAAGCUCGUUUCGGAAGACGGCAUCCAUGAUUUAUAUAUGGAACAUCUGCCGUGUGACACGAAAGCGGAGGGUGGUUACACAAAAAUACAAGGAGGCCUGAAUAAUGAGUGGUAG